AUUCACAUUUUUUACGCUCACUCGUUGUACCUCAUGUAAUCUCCCCUCAACAAACGUUGGCAAUACGUCGACAAAAUGAGUGUCGAAAAUCCUACCAGUGAUAAUGAUUGUGAAUCGGGAAAGGUAAAUGGCACUAAAAAUGAACACGUGAACGGUGUUCACAACGGAUACAGCAGCUCCGAUAAACAUAAAACCAGCCACAAAUCAUCAAGCAAAGACAAGCACCGUGAUAAGGAUCGUGAUCAUAAAAGUUCCAAGCACAGCUCGAGCAGAGAUAAAGACAGACAUUCGAGUAGUAAAAGUCACAGUAGUAGCUCCCACAAAUCAUCCAGCAAAGAUAAGGAGCGCAGCGAAAAAGAUCGUGGCGAUAGAAAUAAGGAAGAAUCCAGCAGUGCUAAGGAUAAAGAACGCGGUGACAAGGACAAGCAUCGCAGCGAUAAGGAUAGGCACAGAGACAAAGAGAGAAGUGACCGUGAUAAGGACAAACACAGGAGUAGCAAUGGGGAAAAGAAAUCUUCAAAGGAUAAGGAGAAAGACAAAGACCACAGAAGCUCCUCAUCAAAGGAUCAUAAAUCUAAAGACAGAGACAAAGAACGUGAUCGUGACAAGGAUCGGCAUAGAAGUGAUAAGGACAAACAUAGAAGUGAUAAAGACAAAAAUUCCAGUUCAAAGGAUAAACACAGCUCAAGUAAAAAUAAAGAAAGAGUUAAUGAAAAGUUAAAAUCUGAGUCUGACUCACAAGAUACUCCUGUCAAACAUGAACCUAUGCAGGUGGAUGAACCAGAAAUUAAAAUGGAAAUUAAAGCAGAUAGUGAUGAUGGAUACACAGGAAUCAAUAACACCACAGCAUCAUCUUGUGACUAUUCUUUGUCACAGUUCAAGGAUGAACCUCUCUCAGAACUGCCCCCCGAAGAGGAAAGUGAAGAUGACACAUCACUGGUGGGUCAUACUACGACAAAACGACGCAUGCCCAGUGAAAGUGAAGAAGAUAUACCAUUACUUCAACGGAAGAAAUCCAAGAAGAAAGUAAAAAAAGAACCUAUAUAUGAUGAUGAUGAUGAAGAGGAGGAAGAAGUGAAGCCCAAGAAAAAGAAAAAAAAGACAGAAAAGGUGAAAUCAGCCCCCACUAAAGUUAAGGCAGAACCCGCAGGAGUCAGUCCUACUAAGCGGAAGAAAAAAGAUGAAGAAGAACAAGAAGUCUGGAAAUGGUGGGAAGAAGAAAAAAAAAGUGAUGGUACUAAGUGGAAUUUCCUGGAACACAAAGGCCCCUUAUUUGCACCACCUUAUGAACCCUUACCAGAAAAUGUUGAAUUCCGAUAUGACGGCAAAGUUGUUAGAUUAUCAGAGGACGCGGAAGAAGUCGCUGGUUUCUACGCGCGGAUGCUCGACCAUGAUUAUACUACAAAAAAGGUAUUUAACGAUAAUUUUUUUAAAGACUGGCGUGCAGUUAUGACUACUGAAGAGAAAAAACUCAUCAAAGAGCUCUCUAAAUGCGACUUCAAACAAAUGCAAAAAUAUUUCGUGAGUGUUUCAGAAAAAAAUAAAAAUCGCUCAAAGGAAGAAAAAGCGGCAUUAAAAGCGAAAAAUGAAGAGAUACAAAAAGAAUAUGGGUUCUGUGUAAUUGAUGGGCACAAAGAAAAAAUUGGUAAUUUCAGAAUAGAACCUCCUGGUCUUUUCAGAGGUCGUGGAGAACAUCCUAAAAUGGGUAUGUUGAAAAGGCGUGUUAUGCCAGAAGAUGUUCUGAUCAACUGUUCAAAAGAUAGCAAAGUACCGAAACCUCCAUCUGGACAUAAAUGGAAGGAAGUUAGACAUGAUAAUACAGUCACAUGGUUAGCUUCUUGGACUGAAAAUGUACAAGGUCAAGCUAAGUAUGUCAUGUUAAAUCCUAGCUCAAAAUUGAAAGGUGAAAAAGAUUGGAUGAAAUAUGAAACUGCACGAAAACUACACAAAUGUAUUGAUGAUAUAAGGGCAAAGUAUCACUCAGAUUUGAAAGCUAAAGAAAUGCGUGUACGACAACGUGCUGUGGCUUUGUAUUUUAUUGAUCGGCUUGCAUUAAGAGCUGGCAAUGAAAAAGAUGAGGAUCAGGCUGAUACAGUAGGGUGUUGUUCAUUGCGUGUUGAACAUAUUAAAUUAUACAAGGAAAAGGAUGGCAAAGAAUAUGUUGUAGUGUUUGAUUUUCUUGGUAAAGACUCUAUUAGAUACUAUAAUGAGGUACCAGUGUUGAAACGCGUAUUUAAGAAUCUCGAACUGUUUAUAGAAAACAAAAAGGAUAGUGAUGAUCUCUUUGAUAGACUUAACACACAAACAUUAAAUGAACAUUUAAAGGAAUUAAUGCCGGCACUUACUGCUAAGGUUUUCCGUACAUACAAUGCCUCAAUUACAUUACAACGACAAUUAGAUGAACUUACAGAUGCAAAUACUUCUAUACCUGAAAAAAUUUUAGCAUACAAUAGAGCUAACCGAGCUGUUGCUGUGCUCUGUAACCAUCAGCGUGCUGUUCCUAAAGGUCAUUCAAAAUCAAUGGAAGCCCUCAAAGAAAAAAUUCAAACCAAACGUGAUCAGAUUGAUGAGGCCGAACAUGAUCUAAAAGAUUCACAAAAGGCCGCAAAACGCGGUUCUGUUAAAGAAAAACUUGUUUGUGAUAAAAAGAAGAAGGCGUUGGAGCGCCUAAAAGAACAAUUGAAAAAACUUGAACUGCAAGAAACUGAUCGUGAUGAGAAUAAAACAAUAGCUCUGGGAACUUCUAAGUUGAAUUAUCUUGAUCCACGUAUUUCAGUGGCUUGGUGUAAAAAACAUGGCGUACCGCUCGAGAAGAUCUACAACAAAACACAGCGUGAUAAAUUCCGGUGGGCCAUUGACAUGGCCGGCCCCGAGUAUGUCUUCUAAGGGAGAAGUUAGCAUUAGCUAUUAUAUUAUAGAAAUGUUUGUGUUGAGUAUGCAGACAUACCACUUAACAAAUUGAUAUACUUUGUUCAUUCGUGGUAUGAUUUUAUGAAUUUUUGACUAAAUGAAAAUUCAAAGACAAAUGUGCAGUAAAUGAUUUUGUGGCGUUAUUUACAAAAAAGUUGUUUUGAACUAGAAUGAUUUCUUUUGGUCACAUUAUUUUUAGAUAUGCUUAACAUGUUUCGGCUUGGCGGAGACAUUAAACAUGAUCUUAUCACGCAUUAAUGUCGCUAACCGAACUAGGUAACCAGUUGGGCAAACCUGAAAAUUACUAGUAAAGACAACAUUAUUUAAAUUAUUAAUUCAAUGACUCACAAAUUUUAAAAACAUUUUGGACCCUAAAUUAAAUAAUUGUUCCUCUCUUUUUGGACUACAAAUUAGAAGUCUGAACCUAAUUUAUUUAUGUUUAGAAAACUUAGUUUCAAUUUUUUCUUAUAGUUAGGUUAAGAUUUAGUAGUAGAAACUAGUUUAAGAAUUUUCUUGUAUAGAUUUACAAUCUCCUAUAUUUCCCGCUCACAUUUAUUAUCUUUUACCAAUUUAAUUUUAUAGUUAUAAGAGAGUAUCAAUUACAUUAAUAUUUACAUUACAAAUUCUAUUACAUAAAUGUUGUUGAAAAAUGUAAUACCUAUGUAUUUGUGUUAUUUACAGUACAAUGUUCAGCAAUAAUUCCAAAAUAUAAUCAGCUGAUAAAGUGAAUAUUAUAUUAAAUAAA